AUGGACUGUAUCCCCCGUGGGUUAUGUGCACGACAACAACAAUAUUCUGUCAAAACAUAGCGAAUGUCGAAUAAAUAGCGGAGGAAGUUUGCUGUGCCCAAUUUUGAUCAUUCAAUCAAUCAUGUCUAACGUAAAUUCUACCGGGACAAAAAAGAAGAAAAAGAAACCAACACAAGCAAAACAACCCACACAGCCCCCAACACAACUCGACUCAAACCCAAACAAUGAUCCAUCCACAAAUCAACUGUUCGAAUCCAUUCCCAAUGAACACGGUCCGGACAAGCUGAUAUUGAACACCAAUCACACCUUGGAAAUGCUCGAACAAAUACCUAGCAAUGUUGUCCAAGAGAAAUUGGACGAUGUUUUAGCUGCCGUCAAGCAGCUCGAUUCAACCUGUGAUUACACUCGGUGUAAAGCCAAAACGGCACUGAUGUUCCAAGACUGUGCACUGUGCAAGCAGAGGUUCUGUUUCAAGCACGGACUGCCAGAAGUUCACGGUUGCGGUGAUGCCGUGAAGCGACAGGAGCGCGAACAGUUUCUGCAUCCGACACCGUUGAAAACGAUUCGACAGGAGGCCGAGUUGAAAAAGGCUAGAGAUCGAAUGGAACAGAAACUGAAGGAUAUGAGUUUGUCUAGGAAAGCGAAGCCGGCGACGUCUGGUGAUAGUAGAAAAACGAAGAAGAAAUGAUGAAAAUGGGAAACGAUCUCGGUAAUUUUAUUGCAGUUUUGCGGUUUUUCCAUCUUUGUGUUAAUAAACCGUAAAGAAAAUCGCGAAA